AUGGUGCUUUAUUACAUGUGCGAACUUGUUUCUCCCCCUUAUCUCAUAUAUAUGGGUGCAGAUAAGCACGAAAAUGACCAAUUAAUCCGAUGGGGUUGGCCAGAAGAUGUGUGGUUCCACGUCGAUAAAAUGUCGUCUGCUCAUGUAUAUCUUCGUCUCAGAGAAGGAGAGACGUGGGAUGAUAUUCCCGAAACAGUCAUUCAGGAUUGCGCUCAACUUUGCAAACAAAAUAGCAUUCUGGGUUGCAAGCAGAAUGACGUGACAGUGGUGUACACUAUGUGGGAGAACCUGAAGAAGACCCCAGACAUGGAUGUGGGUCAAGUGGGUUUCCACAAUGGGAAGAAUGUGCGUCGCAUAGUGGUUGCAAAGCGUGUGGGAGAGAUCCUACGCCGUUUGGAACGCACACAAACGGUCGUGGAGUCUCCCGACUUGCGGGCAGAGCGAGAGGCGCGAGAUGAACGCGUGCGUCAGCGCACUCGUGCUGCUCAACGUGCUCGAGAAAGGGCGGAACGGGAAGUGGAACGACAACGCCAGUCAGAGGCCGAGCGGCGCUCCUACGAUCGCAUCUUCACGUCCGAGAACAUGCGCUCCAACGAAGAUGGCUAUGACUCUGAUGAUUUUAUGUGA